AUGGCUCUGGCAAUCCCACCGAGUCAUCGCCCUACUCCUCCCCUUCCUCCUCCUCAUCACCACUAUCAUCUCCCUAAUAAUGCAGACUCACUCUCACUCGGCCAUCACAACCGUCUCCUCCACUUGUUGAACGAAUGCACAGACAUGUCUCAUCUGAAACAAAUCCACGCCCACACACUCCGCACCACAUCCCCGACAAACCCACACACCCUCUUCCUCCAUUCCCGAAUCCUCCUUUUCUCUUCUUUGACCGACAUCCACUACGCCUUUCGGGUCUUCAGUCAGAUUCAGAAUCCCAACUCUUUGCUCAUCCGAGGUUGCUCCAGAAGCUCCGACCUCAAAAACCAAGCCAUAUUGCUCUACUGUCAAAUGUUGGCGCAAGGACAUCCUAUGCCGGACAAGUACACGUUCCCUUUUGUUCUCAGAGCUUGUGCUUAUUUGUUUGCGUUAUCAGAAGGACAACAGAUGCAUGCCCACGUUGUUAAGCUUGGGUUUGGUUCAGAUGCUUACAUCGGCAAUAGUCUUAUUCAUUUCCACGCUUCUUGCGGGUGUUUAGACUACGCACGAAAGUUGUUUGGGAAAAUGCGUGACAGAAGCAUUGUGUCUUGGAAUGUUAUGAUUGACACGUUGGUCGGGGCCGGCGAGUUCGAGACUUCGCUGAAUGUGUUUGGUCAGAUGCAGAAGCUGUAUGAGCCUGAUGGGUAUGCAAUGCAGAGUGUUAUAGAUGCUUGUGCUGGUUUGGGGGCCUUGUAUUUGGGAAUGUGGGCUCAUGCCUAUGUGUUGAGGAAGUGCGAUUGUGGUGUAGCUAGCAAUGUUUUGGUGAACUCUUCGUUGGUUGAUAUGUAUUGCAAAUGUGGGUCUUUGGAAAUGGCUGCCCAAGUGUUUGAGAGAAUGCAUAGACGUGAUGUGAUUACAUGGAAUUAUAUGAUUCUGGGAUUCGCCAUGCAUGGAAAAGCCGAGGCAGCGUUGAGGUGUUUUGAUCGGAUGGUUAAUAUGGAGAGUUGUGAGCCGAAUUCCAUCACUUUCGUUGGUGUUUUGAGUGCGUGCAAUCACCGAGGCAUGGUUGAAGAAGGUCGUUGGUUGUUUGAUAUGAUGGUGAAAGAGUAUAAGAUUGAACCACGUCUAGAACACUACGGGUGCCUAGUUGAUCUUCUUGCACGUGCCGGUUUCAUUGACGGAGCUUUGGAUUUGGUGACGACAAUGCCCAUGAAGCCGGAUGCCGUUAUAUGGAGGAGUCUUCUUGAUGCUUGCAGUAAGCAUCAACAUGCCAGUAUUGAGCUAAGUGAAGAAGUGGCCAGGCAGGUUCUUGAGUCUGGAGGAGAGGGCAUUUCUAGUGGUGUUUACAUGCUAUUGUCAAGAGUAUAUGCUUCAGCUAGCCGAUGGAAUGAUGUUAAAUCAAUUCGAAAUCUGAUGACAGAAGAGGGUAUAGCAAAAGAGCCUGGCUGUAGUUUAAUAGACAUAGACGGUGUUACACAUGAAUUUUUUGCUGGUGACAUAUCUCAUCCCCAUAGUAGAGAAAUUUAUCAGGUCCUGGAUACAUUGAAUGAAAGACUUAAAUAG